AUGCCCGCCGAGCGAGCGCCCAUCCCGUCCAAUUGGACCGAGUACGAAAGAGGUGGACGCAGAGGCUCGUCGGAGACUCUGGAGAGCCAUGUCCAAUGGGGUGCAGAUGUUCAGGACGCUCCAGAGCAUGCUGCCGGCUCACCAGAUGGCCACAACACUCAGGGACUGAGGCAUAGAAGGUCGUCAAUGUCCAUGAAGAUCAACACCCUGCGUCAGGCCGGUGGCGUCAACAGCAUCGACAACUUUGCCAGAUCGUGGCAGCGUGCAGCUGGCUUCUACGAAAUCGCACCCGUCAGACCAUCAUUUCGAGUGUCUGAGAACGACGAGGAGGACAGUAGAGAAUCGGAAGAUUAUGGAAGGCAGGACAUUGCAUCAUCAUUUGGAGAACAAAGAGGUCUUCUCAGACAAGCCUUGUCAGACGGCCGCAAGUUGUCCGACAAUGCCAUCUCGGAUGCUGGAGAGCCCUCGGAGGCAGGCACCAUUCGUGGUCGUGCUGGACAAGACGACAGCAUCUUCCAGAUUGAGCCUCAACUGUCAUCUCCUUUCAGCGGCAGUUAUGGAACAACCUACGGAAGUCUGUCUUCAAGAGUCAACGAGUCGUCUAUGCGUCAUGCUGGGCGUCUCUUCCAGAAGCAGCAAAUGCAGGGUGUCAACGACCCGGACAAGGAGCGUGAACCUCUGCUCGUGAAGCAGGUCGAGGAGGAGGACGGCAAGAUUGUGAAUGUCGUCGUCGGUCAAUCCACCCUGCCUCAGACCAUCUUCAACUCGGUCAACGUCCUGAUCGGUGUCGGUCUUCUCGCGCUUCCCCUGGCCUUGAGAUACUCUGGAUGGGUUUGUGGUUUGGCUUUCUUCGCCUUUGCUGCAGUAUCUACUCGCUAUACUGCAAAGCUUCUGGCUAAGUGUCUGGAUGUUGACAGCUCGCUCAUCACUUUCGCCGAUCUCGCCUACGUCUCCUUUGGCUCCAAAGCUCGCAUCGCGACCAGUCUAUUGUUCAGUCUGGAAUUGGUCGCAACAUGCGUCGCCCUUGUUGUCCUGUUCGCCGACAGUCUCAACGCUCUGAUCCCUGGAUGGGGUCUCACUGAGUGGAAGGUCGUUUGCGGAUUCAUCCUUAUCCCCCUUUCAUUCUUGCCCCUGAGACUGCUAAGUUUCACCAGUAUUCUUGGUAUCGUCUCUUGCUUCAGUAUUGUCCUCUGCGUCGUCAUUGAUGGUUUCAUCAAGCCCAACACUCCUGGUUCCCUGCGCGAGCCCGCUAAGACAUACCUCUUCCCCGAAAACUGGGCAACGCUUCCUUUGAGUCUGGGUCUUCUGAUGUCCCCAUGGGGAGGUCACAGUGUCUUUCCCAACAUCUAUCGCGACAUGAGACACCCUCAUAAGUACACCCGUGGCCUGAACAUCACCUACGCCUUUACUGCUACUCUCGAUCUCUUUAUGGCUGUUGUGGGUCUUCUCAUGUUCGGCGACGCUGUCAAGGACGAAGUCACCAGCAACAUCUUGGCCGACAACGGCUACCCUCAAUGGCUGUCUGUCAUCAUUGUUGUCUGCGUAGCCAUGAUCCCUCUGGCCAAGAUCCCGCUAAACGCACGUCCCAUCGUCAGCACCCUUGAGAUCCUUCUUGGCUUGGAUGCCCGCGCGGUCAGCAACUCCACCUCCCUCCACGGAAUGUCUGGUCUUAACCGUGGUAUUCUCAAGGCAACGAUCCGCGUGGUCUGUACCAUCAUCUUUGUGGUCUUGGGUAUCUUGGUGCCCGAAUUCGACCGCAUCAUGAGUCUGAUGGGCUCGGUUGCUUGCUUUACAAUCUGCAUCAUCCUCCCUCUCGCCUUCCAUCUCAAGAUUUUUGGCGAUUCCAUCCCAAAAUCCGAGAGGAUCAUGAACUGGGUGUUGAUCAUCAUCUCGACCAUUCUUGCCAUUAUCGGCACGGUGUUCAACUUCAUCCCCAGAUCUGUUUUGGGCAUCGAUGAGUAG